AUGGUCGGUAGGACCCUCCUGAUGCUGUUGGCCGUGACAAGCGCCCAGGCCGUUGCACCCAGGCUUGAGGGCCCUGACGGCAGCGCGUACGCAAGCGCCUCCAACAGCAAUGGCGGCGUCCAGGAGGCUGUGCCGUUUGCAUUCGGCAACCUCCGUCUAAACUGCGCCGGCUGUGGCAGCCUGUCCUGCUACGCCUACACCCAGAGCGUCCCCGCAAACACCAGCAUCAUCACCCGCGCGACGCUCGCCGCGCCUGCGACCAUUCGCACCGACAAAUCUGCGUCCUACAAGCCGUCGACUAAGGAGGUCCUGGCCUGGGUGUCCAGCCACUUUGGGAUCCCGGCUGGCAAUCUUCAAGUCGCAAAACCAACCAAGACUGGUGAUUACACAGACACCUUCAAAGUCAACAAGAAGUCGGUCAAGGUCCGGCACGUGCGCAUUCAGCAGGUGCAGAGCUGGGCCAGCACGUUCAACCCCAACACUGACUUUGGACCCCUAUCGGUGGAGUUUGGAUUCAUAGCAGUGCACUUGGACAAAAAUAACGUCCUGGCUGUGACAGGCGGGUACAUCCCCAGCCUUUUCACCUCCAUUGCGGCCGCCCCAAGCAGCCGCAUCUCGCCUGCUGUCGCCUCCUCCUUUGCCGCCGGCGCCGCGCUUGCCGCGGCGCCUGACAUCCGCCCAGACGUCGCCAAGGCGCUGCGCGCUGCGGCCGGCGGCGACCCCUCCGCCCUUGCCACCGCCUCGAUUGCCGCCGCAGCCGGCGGCGGCGGUAGCAGUGGCAGCGGCGGCAGUGGUGGCAGCGGCGGUGGCAGCGGCAGCGGCGGCGGCGCCAUCAAGUCGGGCGGCACAUGGAUAGUCGGGUGCUUUGACUCAGGCUGCGGCCCUGUGUGGAAGGAAAACUACUUCUUACCUCCGGGCGCUGGCUCGCAGCCGCGCUCCCUUGAUGUCUACAUCGACGCAUUCACCGGCAACAAGCGCCUCGUCAUUGAUAACCUCAAGACUGUCUCCGCAGCGGUUGGCAUUGGCCACAGCCUCUACGCCGGUCAGGUCAAACUGCCUACAGGCAAAGGGCCCAAGAACGCCAAUGGCGGGCAGUACGAGCUCACAAACUUCAAGGUCAACAAGAAGGGGAUGACCCUUGACUGGAACAACAACCCAGACGCCACUAACGACCUCAACUUCCUCCUUGCCGCCACGCUCUUCCGAAGUGCCGACAACACCUGGGGUUCUGGCACCACGGCAUCCGACACUGACGUCAACAGGCAGACGGCCGCUGUUGACGCCCACUACGGAGUUGGCCUGGUCUACCAGUACUACCUCCAGGUGCACGGCCGCAAGGGCCUGGACAACAAGAACACGCCCAUCGACUCGUUUGUUCACGUAGGGAAAGGCUACAACAAUGCGUUUUACAAUGCCGGCAGCAUGUUCUUUGGAGAUGGCAGCCGCCUCGAUCUGAACGGGUGUAACGGCUUCACACCGCUCACGCCGCUAGACAUCGUCGCCCACGAGGUCACCCACGGCAUCACCGAGUGA